AUGUCUGAAAUGACGACACAUGCACAUAGUGACGAUACUUUAAUACAUGAUUCUCAACUUAGUGGAUUCUCAGCAUUUAGAGAACGUCUUGGUUUCUGCUGCUGUCGAUUAUUUAAAAGAAGUUCACAAUAUGAUUUAUCUUCUGCUUUAAAACAUGAUGGAGCAGGACUACAACCAGAGAAAUCGUCUUAUAUGAAUCAAGCAUUACAAGGAGAAAAACAAGCAAGAAAAGAUAAACUAGAAAAAAUUGCGAAGACUUUGCCUGGUGAAAUAACAACUGGAACACGAGGAAUAAAAGGACCUUUAUCAUCAACACAAACUCCAACACGUUCAAUAACAACAAUAACACACGGAACACCACGUUCGGGUAUUACUCUAGCUCAAACACGACCUCAAAUGAAUACACCGAUUUCAAAAACAGGAAUAUCAACUAUUACUAAACCAUCACCAUCGACUAUAAAUACAAAAAAUAAUAAAAAAGAUUCAGAUGAAACAACUAAUUCAAGUGAAGAAGAAAGUUCAUCCGAUGAUGAUAAAUCAUCUGAUUCUGAUAGUGCUUCUGCAAAACGACCUCCAAUUAACCGUGCAAAUAAUAAUCGACGAUAA